UGUUCCACCCGAUCCGCUACCCACACGCGCUCUCAUGACUUCAUUUUCCUAAUUCUCCCACAAACCCUCCCCAUUCUUUUUCUCUCUCAUUCUCUCUCACGCUUUCUUUCUCUCUGCGAUUUUUGGGAAGGAUUCAUGUCGGAGAAGGGACGGCCAUUGCCGAAGUUUGGUGAAUGGGAUGUCAAUGACCCUGCUUCUGCAGAAGGAUUCACUGUGAUCUUCAACAAAGCCAGAGAUGAGAAGAAAACAGGUAGUAAUAGCCGCACCACUGAGUCUCCAGGGAAGGAGGAUCAAUCCUUAAAGUCUUCAACAUAUUCCACCAAACCAACUGCAAGAAAAUGGCUUUGCUGCAUUCAGUCGGGUCCUGCGGAAUCUUAAUCUUCCAUGGCUUAUCAACUGUAUGAAUAUUUACCUACUUUGUUAUUGUUUUUCAUAUUUUGCCUACUAAAAGAAACAAACAAAUUCUAAGUUUCUGCUAAAGAUGGCAUCAUGGAGACAACAGAGAGGGAAAGAUUGAAAGAGGGAGAAAAAUGAUGGAGAUGGUAAGAUGAAAUUUGAAGGGAUUGUUAUGAUUUAUGUAAGUAAAAGUAUGUAUUUGUUAACUGUUAUUAUAUGAACAAAAACUGGAAUUUGUUUGGUUUGUUUUAUUUUCA